GUGGCCACCAUCGAAACCCCAGCCCUCGACCGCCUCCGCCUCCACCACUCCCAACCCCGAGCUUAAAUUCACAAAAUCCUCACCAUAUACCUUAUUCUUUCUAGGACCGAGUCUUCUACAUGAUGGAAGCAUUUAGGGAAGCCAUAUUGCAGGUUGGCCCGCCGGAAAUAUUUGCUCUUAAGACGGUUCAAGAGGUUAUAAAACCUCAGAAACAAACAAAGUUAGCUCAAGAAGAAAAUCAAUUAUUGGAGAACAUGCUUCGGACCUUGCUUCAAGAAUUGGUGUCAUCUGCAGUACAGUCAGGGGAGGAGAUAAUGCUGUAUGGGAAGUCAAUUGAUGAUGAGGAUGAAAUGCAGGGUGUAAUCCCACGACUUCUAGCAGUUUUGGGGCUGUUUGAGGGUUUUCAAAUAGGUUCUGAUAAUUCUUCUUCGAUGCUGACUGUUGCAGGAGAAUACUUUUGCAACCCUGCUUCCCUUUCAAAUGCUCCUAUCAAGUGGCAGAAAUUUACAGCUAGUUUAAUGGUUGUGUUGAAUACAUUUGAAGCACAGCCUUUGAGUGAGGAAGAGGGGACUGAGAACAAUUUGGAGGAAGAGGCAACCACUUUCAACAUAAAAUAUCUUACAAGCAGUAAAUUGAUGGGCUUAGAGUUAAAAGAUCCAAGUUUUCGACGCCACAUUCUUUUGCAGUGCCUCAUACUAUUUGACUAUCUGAAGGCUCCUGGAAAGAAUGAUAAAGAUUCAUCUGAAAGCAUGAAAGAAGAAAUUAAUUCUUGUGAAGAUCGAGUGAAAAAACUACUUGAAGUGACUCCUCCGAAGGGGAAAGAUUUUCUUCAUAGUAUUAAGCAUAUAUUAGACCGUGAAAAGAAUUGGGUCUGGUGGAAACGUGAUGGCUGUCAACCAUUUGAAAAGCAGCCAAUAGAGAAGAAAACUGUUCAUGAUGGAGCUAAGAAACGUCUGCCGAGGUGGAGGUUGGGGAAUAAAGAACUCUCUCAGUUGUGGAAGUGGGCAGAUCAGAAUCCAAAUGCUUUGACUGACCCUCAACGUGUUCGAACUCCUGCAAUCACAGAUUACUGGAAACCCUUGGCUGAAGAUGUUUAUUGCUGGAAGGGCCUUCGUUUUUCUGCUAGGCGAGACUUAGAAGGGUUCUCUAAAUUCACUGAACAUGGUAUUGAAGGAGUUGUUCCGUUGGAACUUCUCCCCCUGGAAGUGCGAUCAAAGUUCCAAGGUAAACCUAGUGACCGGUCGAAACGUGCUAAAAAGGAGGAGAUGAAGAGUGCUUCACAUCAAGUUGAGGAAAGUCAGAUUGCAACACCGGCAAGUGAGAUAGAGGGAGAAGGAAACAGAGGUGAUAUGGAUGCCUCUAUAGCAGUGAUUGAUACUGAUGUCUCUGCUGCAACGGGAAAUAAUUCCCAAGGGGGCACACCAACACCAGAACCAGAUGAACAUCAAAAGCAAAGCCCUGAUAUAGAUGUUGGGCAAGAAGCUGGACAAGUAGAAGAAGCAGAUGCUGAAGUAGAGACCGGGAUGAUAGACGGUGAGAUGGACCCGGAAGACGAAUCCGAUCACGCAGGAUGAGAUUCAAGGUAUGAAGAAAUAGUUUGUGCUUUUCUAGUUGUUCAUCAAGGGUUCUUAACACUAGAUUUUGGGGACUUUCUUU